AGAUGAUAAAGCCGGGGAGGAGGGUGAGAAAGGCGAGCGGAGCCGGGCGAGCGGGGAUGGGGAGGAGGAGGGCGUGAGCAGGGCUGCUGCGGGGCCGUGCCCGGUGGUGCGGUACUGCCCGGACGGCAGCGGCGGGGAGCGGGACGGCGCCAUGGGCUGCGGAGGCAGCAGGGCCGACGCUAUCGAGCCCCGCUACUACGAGAGCUGGACGCGGGAGACCGAGUCCACCUGGCUGACCAACACCGACUCCGAGAGCCCACCGCAGGAGGGCGGCAGCGCCGAGGCGGGCGGCCCGCGCCCCGGUCUUCUGGAGGAUGGGAAAUCAGCACAGACAGCUGUAACUGCAGCAUCAGCCACAGCUGGAACCCUGAACACCGAGAAGAGGAACAAUUGUGGUUCUCAGUGUGUGAACUCUGUGGUCCAUGGUACGGGAGCUACAACGCAGAGACAGAACGGCUUCAAGACAGCAGAGAGUAAAUGGGACACACAGAAAAUGGCCACAAAAGAAGUCACCAUUAAUGUUACAAAAAACAUCAGACAAAGUGACAGAAGGAAAACAAAGAAUUGUGUCAAUUAAUGAGGAAAAGCACAGGCGAGGAUGGACCUAACAGGGCUUCACUGCAAUUUAAAUGUCAUCAGUCAAUGAAGAUAUGAAGAUCUCCAGCUGUUCCAGGUUGAAUGCAGCAGGAUGCUGCUACUGCUGAGCACCUUUAGAAGCAUGUCGUGUAGAAGCUAGCUGCAGACACUGUAGGAUAUUUGGAUGUCAUUUCCCUAAAGCAGUGGCACUGCGCAGACAUGUGCCAAAAUUUGUGUCAUUUGGUUUUUACUAAGUCUUGUGUUAUUUCCUUGUACAUCCUGUUCUGCAUUACUAUUAGGAUGAGGCUGGAGGAUGAGAGGUACAGUUCAUUGCAAUUUAAGCCAGGAAAUGAAGAAAUUAAUCUGCAUUUUUAGUUGGAAAAGGUAAACCCACGAAAUUCAUUAAAACUGCUCACUAUCAUAAAACUCAAACCCAGAAACUGACACAAAGGCCAUUCCUACUAAAUCUCCUUUAAACUAUAUAUUCAUUAUAUAUAGCGAAGUC